GGCCACUCGCGGGUCUUCGGGAUCGUGCGAAAGUAGAGUUCUCCUCAACUUCUGCCGUGAGGACAAGGUGCCUCUGCUGGGGGUGCGCGACGCAAAGCUGCGAAUUCUCACUCGUCCUGCAACGUCGUCGCCUCGAACUCGCCGCGGCGAACUCCACCGUUGUAGUCGCACUUUCGCCAGCCCAAAAAUGAUAAGCCCGACGUUGAUGGUUCUCGUAUCUGUGACGACUAUGGCGAUUAUAUCCGGCGAAGCUUUCGCCGCAUUGCCUGCUCAGUGCAAUCCAGGUUUUCUCGAGGAACUUCCACCUAGACUACGUAAAAUCUGUGUCACUAUCGCCAGAAUAUGGGAUGCCAAUGACAUGAAUGAUUUUGUCGACGACAAAGAAUACCGAGACUACUUGCCGCGAUAUAACAACGGUGUCAAGAGGCAAGACGUCGAUCACGUUUUCUUGCGCUUCGGAAAACGACGUUAGAACGGCAUCGCCAUUCUGCUCUAUGUUCUCACAAGCGGCAAACGAUCAAGUUUUCUUCAAGUCGUUCGAUCGCCUCAUCAUCGACUCGUAGGACAUUUGCCGACUUCCAAUGAAUCACAAUCAGCCGCGUACGCGCCAAAAGAAAGACGAUCGCACCGAUCUCGCUAACGUUAAACACAGCUUGACCUCUUCUGACGAUUAUUGCAUUUGAACGGCGUUGAGGGAUGAAAUUGGCUCCCCUUUUAGCGUUAAGUCAGCGUUGAAAGUGAGUAUAUUUCGUCAAGUUUGUAUUUCAAGCGUACGUCACGUUAAUUCGUUCUCCUCCUUGUCCGAUGAACGAAAAGUUCAGAGAGACAUUAAGUGGCAAUUAAAUGCGUGUUAUGUUUUGCGAAUGUUCCAUCAACGGCCAACAUGCUGUUUCUCGAAAGACAAAAUACAAUAGCAGGCGUUUAUUUUCCUCGAAAUUGUCUUGCUGUUGCUCCAGCUCAUUAAAGUUUCUCGGAGAGAUAAUUGCAGUAUAACACGCGGCAGUUAAACACGUGUAUUCUUGUCCGUUAUUUCUGCAGAAAAUUAAAGGGAGAUCCAAAUCCCACCGACAUAUUUUACUUUUCGUUCGAUCGAUUUACAUGCAACGGCAAAUGUCCUAAAAAUGGAAAGCUAUUUUACAGGAACGGUGAACACGAUCUAUUUAAUGAUUCUCUAGUAUUAAUCUGAGAUCUUCAGAGAAUAUAAGGAUACGAUUGCGGUUUAAUUGAAAAUCCUUUACGUUAUAAUUACGGUCAUCGACGGCCUUCAAGUAUCUGACGAACAUGUGAUACAAGCUUCCAGAGACCGGAGGAUUUGUCACAGAAUAUGUUCGUGUAACUUAACGCGUAUGUUAAUAGUUGUUUUAUCGCGUGAAACGUCUUAGAGUUUGCCUCACGAUCAAAAGAUGAUCGUGAUUACGAUGUAACGCGUAGUGAUAAAACGGUACAAGCGCGCGAACAAAUUGGAUUCUUUGGGUUCAUGGAUCCAUUUAGAUUCGCGAUUUCCAUUUUGUUUUUCUACGUGGGUCUCGCGUGGGCGAUUUUGCCAAACUAUUGACAAUUGGGACGCGGAGGAAUGCUUUGAUUCGCAUGUAAAUUUUAGGAGUCGCUCGUUUUGGUGCGCGCGCGUCGAAUGAUUUAACCGGACGACUGAUUUUCGUUAUUUCUCGUACACAAUUUCUGCAACUUGCUGACGUACGUCAGCAAGUACGUACUUACGCGCGACAGGAUAAAAUGGCAAAUUCGCGGCGCCAGCGCAUUCGCGGUAACGCAUAUUAAAGCGCACCUUUGCCGUCGUUUCUUUCUCAAUUGUCGGCGACACGUGGCGACGUGUAGAUUUUUCGACC